AUGAGACGUGUGAAUGGAGAGUCGAGAACUGGGAACAACGCUUUGGAGACUAUAAACGCAGCUGCUUCUGCGAUCGCAGCCGCCGAGAACCGUGUGCCUCAAGCCACCGUUCAGAAAAGAAGAUGGGGGAGCUGGUGGAGCAUGUAUUGGUGUUUUGGAUUUCAAAGACACAAAAAGAGAAUUGGACAUGCUGUCCUUGUCCCAGAAACAACAGACCGUGGAGGUGAUGCUCCUAGAGCUGAAAAUCCAAUCCAAACAUCUUCCAUUGUACUUCCCUUUGUUGCACCUCCGUCCUCUCCUGCAUCAUUUCUUCAAUCAGAACCUCCUUCUGCCACACAAUCACCAGCUGGUUUUUUCUCUCUCACUGCCAGCAUGUACUCCCCUAGUGGCCCUACCUCAAUUUUCGCUAUUGGUCCUUAUGCUCAUGAAACCCAGUUGGUCUCGCCUCCUGUUUUCUCAACCUUCACUACUGAGCCAUCAACUGCUCCCUUUACUCCUCCUCCUGAGUCUGUUCAUUUGACUACACCUUCAUCACCUGAGGUUCCAUUUGCUCAGCUGCUUGAUCCUCAAUUCCGGAAUGGUGAAGGUGGUCAGAGAUUCCCAUUGUCUCACUAUGAAUUUCAAUCUUACCAACUUUACCCUGGAAGCCCAGUGGGUCAGCUUAUAUCACCAAGUUCAGGCAUCUCAGGUUCUGGUACUUCUUCUCCUUUCCCCGACCUUGAGUUUGCUGCUCGUGGUCAUCAUUUUCUGGAGUUCCGAACAGGUGAUCCUCCCAAGCUCUUGAACCUCGACAUUCUCUCCACCCGUGAUUGGGGUUCAAGACUAGGAUCUGGUUCUGUAACUCCCGAUGGUGCAAAGUCCACAUCUUCUGAUGGUUUUCUUCUAAAGCCUCAAACCCCUGAGGUUGUAUUAAAUCCACGAUCAAACAAUAGAGGUCGAAAUAAUGAUAUUUCCAUCAACCACAGAGUUUCGUUUGAGUUAAGUUCUGAAGAAGUUAUCAGAUGUGUGGAAAACAAGCCAGUGGCAUUAGCUGAAGCUGUAUCAACAUCUCUAGAAGAUGCAGAGAAGGCCCAAAGCGAAGAAGAUCCUAGUAAAGUAGUAAGCAGUUCUAUUUGCCCUGUUGGUGAGACAUCCAAUGAUGCAGCAGAAAAAGCCGUGGCAGAUGGGGAGGAGGCACAACUGCAUCCGAAGCAGCGAUCCAUCACGCUUGGUUCUGUCAAGGAAUUUAAUUUUGACAAUCCAGAUGGAGGAGAUUCUGGUAACUCUAUUGGCUCUGACUGGUGGGCAAAUGAGAAGGUUGAUGCCAAGGAGAAUGGCCCGACAAAGAAUUGGUCGUUCUUCCCUAUGAUGCAGCCAGGUGUUAGUUAG